AUGUCGGACACGGAGAUGACGAACGAGGAGCUGGUACACGACUGUCUCAUGACCGAACCAGAAAAUGACCCUGAAUUUGUGGAGGAACAGGGCCAAGAAUUAGCAGAACAGAAAAAAGAACAAGGGAAUGAGUUUUAUAAAGAACACAAGUACAGAGAAGCCCUCCAGUGCUACUCAGAGGCAAUCAAUCUCUGUCCCACGUGUGCUGCCUACUAUGGGAACAGAUCAGCCACCUACAUCAUGCUACAAAGGUAUAAAGAUGGACUGGCCGAUGCACAGUUUGCUAUACAGCUGGAUACAGGCUUUGUGAAGGGUUACUUGAGGGAAGGCAAGUGCCAUUUAGCGCUGGGAAGUCCAGUGGCAGCCCUGAGAAGUUACAGACAUGUACUGGAGCUGGAGCCCCACAACACAGUCGCCCAGACAGAGUCCAAUAUUGCAUCUCAAGUCCAGGAACAUAUAGCCAAGGCCGAAGCAAACUUUGAGAAGAGAGACUACAGAACUACCCUAUUCUACCUUGACCGAUGUAUAGAACAUUGUUGUGCAGCCCUUCAUUUCAAAGUCCAAAAAUCAGAAGCACUAGCGCUUAUGGGGAAAUACCAGGAAGCUCAAGAACUUGCAAACGACAUUCUCCAGAGGGAAGGGAUGAAUGCAGACGCCUUGUAUGUGAGAGGGAUGUGUUUGUACUAUCAAGACAAUACAGAGAAAGCCUUCCAGCACUUCCAGGAGGUUUUACGGAGGGCCCCUGACCACCACAAAGCCAAGGAAAUAUACAGGAAAGCCAAGUCAUUGACGGCCAAGAAGGAAGAGGGUAACGCAGCAUUUCGUGGUUGCAAAUACGAUGAGGCCUAUAACCUCUACACAGAAGCCUUGAGCAUCGACCCCAACAACAAAGCAACAAAUUCAAAACUCUUCUGUAACAGAGCAACCGUUUGUUCGAAGUUGAAUAAACUUGAGGAAGCCAUUCAGGACUGCACCAAGGCCAUAGAGUUGGAUGAUACGUACAUGAAAGCAUACAUGAGGAGAGCCAGAUGUUACACAGACACAGAACUCUUUGAAGAAGCAGUCCGAGACUAUGAACAGAUUUACAAAAUGGCAAAGACCAGAGAGAAUAAACAGCUUCUCCAGCAGGCCAAGUUGGAGCUGAAGAAAAGCAAGAGGAAAGACUACUACAAGAUCCUGGGGGUUCACAAGACUGCAACAGAGGAUGAGAUUAAAAAGGCAUACAAGAAACGAGCCUUGAUACACCACCCUGACCGCCACUCACACGACACCAUCGACAAGCAGAAAGAGGAGGAGAAGAAGUUCAAAGAGUUGGGAGAAGCUUACAGUAUUUUAUCCGAUGCCAAGAAAAAGGCUCGUUACGACAGUGGCCAGGAUCUUGAAGAUGGAGAUGGUUUUGGAUUUGAAACAGUGGACCCCAAUCAGAUAUUCCAGGCAUUCUUCGGCGGAGGCAACAUGGGCGGCUUCACCUUCGGAGGUCAUUCGGGUGCUGGGCACUUCAGUCAUGGCGGGCACUCACAACAUGGCGGCUUUCCUGGUUUUUCAUUUCAGUUUGGUUGA